CGCAGAGCCGGAUCAGGAUGUGAUCAGGAUCAGGAUCGGGAUCGGGAUCGGGGUCUGAGGCGGAUCAGCUGCUAGAACGUUUCUUCACGUGGAUCCAUCAGACUGGAUCGUGACGUGGGUCCAUCAAGCCUCGCUCUGCUCUGCGACACGCGAAGACACGCGACGAUACGUUUCCAUGACAACGGCGACGAGGAGGCGGAGGGAGGAUUAACGGUGGUGAAAUACGACAGUUAUAGAUCCUGUGUGACUCACCUGUGCAGCUGCUGUUCCUGUCUGACGUCCCUGUGUGAAUAAAGUUGGACUCAUCAUGUCUGAGUCAAGCGGCAAUGGAGGGAAGUGGCUGGACGCUCACUACGACCCGGUGGCGGGCCUCUUCACCUUCUCGCCCUGCGUGGACCUGGCGGACCUGAGCGGCGACGGGGAGAGCCGGCUGGUGGUGGGUGACCUGGGCUCGGGCUCCACCGGCAUGAAGCUGAAGGUGUUCCGGGGCACGGCGUUGCUGAGCGAGAGCACGCUGUUGGACCUGCCCGCCGGCCUCGUCGCCUUCUUCAUGGACCUGCACGAGCCGCGCAUCCCUGCCGUCGCUGUGGCGUCUGGACCCUGCGUCUACGUCUACAAGAACCUGAGGCCGUACUUCAAGUUCACCCUGCCCGGUCUGGAGGUCAACUCGCUGGAGCAGGACGUGUGGCAGCAGGCGAGGGAGGGUCAGAUCGACCCUCUGACCCUGAAGGAGAUGUUGGAGAGCAUCAGGAAGAAGGCGGACGUCCCGCUGUCCAUGCGCUCGCUCAGGUUCCUCUCCCUGGAGACGGACGACAUGGACGACUUCGUCCAGCUGCACAAACAGCAGCCAAUCAGACGACAGACGGUCAUCACCUGCAUCGGGACCCUGAAGAAGAGCACGGCCGACGAUGAUGGCGUCAGCUGCCUGGUGAUCGGGACGGAGAGCAGCGACGUGUACGUGCUCGACCCUGAGGCCUUCGUCAUCCUGUCCAAGAUGUCGCUGCCCGCGGCUCCCACCAUGAUGGAUGUGACGGGGCAGUUUGACGUGGAGUUUCGCAUCACGGUGGCGUGUCGCGACGGAAACAUCUACGUCCUGCGCAGGGAGUCGGACAAACCCAAGUACUGCAUCAAGCUGUCGUCUCACCCGGUGGGUCUGGUUCGAGUCGGGAAGAACGUGAUGGUCGGCUGCACGGACGAGAGUCUGCAGGGCUUCACGCAGAAGGGGAAGAAGCUGUGGAGGACCGUCCUCGCAGCUCCCAUCACCACCAUGGCGGCCAUGGACCUCCCCACCCGGGGUUUCCAGGCGGUUCUGGUGGGCCUGGCUAACUGUGAGGUUCAGCUGUACCGGGACAAGAACCUACUGAGCACCAUCAAGACGCCCGACGUGGUCACGAGCAUCUGCUUUGGCCGCUACGGACGCGAGGACGGGACACUAAUCAUGACCACCAAGGGAGGCGGCCUGAUGGUGAAGAUCCUGAAGAGGACGGCGGUGUUUGAUGACAGGGACGGCGCCCCCGGGCCGCCACUGGCACAGAGCGUCCGCCUCAACGUGCCCAAGAAGACCAAGUUGUACGUGGACCAGACGCUGCGGGAGCGGGAGAAUGGCCUGGCCAUGCACCGCGCCUUCCAGAUGGACCUGAGCCGCAUGCGACUCACCGCUGCCAAGGCCUACGUCAAGGCCCUGGAGUCCAGCCUGGCGCCGGUGUCCUCCAGCAUCUCGGAGCCCCUCAAGAUGAACGCCGUCGUCCAGGGCCUGGGUCCGUCCUUCAAACUGACCCUGAACGUCCAGAACACGGCGGCCUGUCGGCCCGCCACCAACCUGGCCAUCAGCUUCCUGUACGACGAGGGCCUGUACCGGAUGAGGAACCCGUACAUGAGGAUCCCGCUGCUGGUGCCCGGACUCGUCUACCCGGUGGAAACGUCCGUGGAGUGCACCAGCGACAAGGGCAUCUCUGACAUCAUCAAGGUGUUUGUCCUUCAUGAGGGGAGGAGCUGCCCGCUGCUGACCGCCCACAUCAACAUGCCGGUGAGCGAGGGAGAGAUGCUCAACUGACAAACGGCGAACGUCACGGGAAUUCCUCUGGUUCAUGAACGCAUCAUCUGAUCAGAGUACGGAAGCAAAGAAAGAGACAAACGUUUCACUUCCAUUGAAAUAUUCUGUUUUGAAAAACAUCUGAAUGAGCACGUUCAUGAAUUAUUUUGUUCUUUCUUUCUUCCGUACUGGCAGAUUUCUUCAUCUAUAGAAUCGAGCUGUUGACUCGUCUGCUGAAAAACGUUUGUAGAUUUUUUCCAGAAGCUGCAGAUUUACAGUUUGUGUCGAUGUUUUUGUGUGUAAAGUUUGUUUGAGCUCAGGGAUAAAAAAUCAUGAAGUUUUGUACAGAAACAUGAACUUGUGUCGUGUGUGUAUACAAAUAAAAUGUAAUAUUAUAAACACA